CACAAACGCACCAGCUGCGCCGUCAGAUGUCUCGCACACGACGCUCCUUACUACAGCCUACUGACACGAUCGUGGUCAUCUAAUCCAAUUCAUUUUUGACACCGCUGCUGAAAACGUUGCAGAGAACGCAUUUAGAUAUUACAGUAACUCGGACUUGUUUUAUCGUUAAAGGAUUGCCCCUGCUGAAAUUCGGACGAACUGGCUCAGGAAUAACACGCCUUCUUCACGGCAUCGAAGUCAUCCACAAGUGGACAACCCCGCGAUCCCCGUGGCUCUUCACGGAGCGGCAUGUAAGAGGGUUAACGCGAACAGGAUUGAACUCCUACUUUCCCACAAAGAGGAUUCAAUGAAAAUGUCUGUUGGCGUACAUGAGAACCGCAAAUCGCGGGCAAGCACAGGGUCCAUGAACAUCUACCUGUUCCACAAGUCGUCCUACGCCGACAGCGUGCUCAUGCACCUGAACGCGCUCAGGCAACAGCGGCUCUUCACGGACGUGAUGCUCCACGCGGGCAACCGCUCGUUCCCGUGCCACCGCGCUGUGCUGGCUGCGUGCAGCCGGUAUUUCGAGGCCAUGUUCAGCGGCGGGCUACGGGAGAGUCAAGCCAGCGAAGUGGAUUUCCGCGACUCUAUCCACCCUGAGGUGUUGGAGCUGUUGCUGGACUACGCCUACUCGUCCCGCGUGGUCAUCAACGAGGAAAACGCAGAGUCGCUGCUGGAGGCGGGCGACAUGCUGGAGUUCCAGGACAUCCGCGACGCCUGCGCCGAGUUCCUGGAGAAGAACCUGCACCCGACCAACUGCCUGGGCAUGCUGCUGCUGUCGGACGCGCACCAGUGCCAGCAGCUCUCGCAGCUGUCCUGGGCCAUGUGUCUCAGCAACUUCCCCGCCAUCAGCAAGAGUGAGGACUUCCUGCAGCUGCCCAAGGACAUGCUGGUCCAGUUGCUGGCCCAUGAGGAGCUGGAGACGGAGGACGAGCGGCUGGUCUACGAGUCGGCCCUCAAUUGGGUCAACUACGACCUGGAGCGCCGCCACUGCCACCUGCCCGAGCUGUUACGCACGGUCCGCCUGGCGCUGCUGCCGGCCAUCUUCCUGAUGGAGAACGUGUCCACCGAGGAGUUGAUCAACGCGCAGGCCAAGAGCAAGGAGCUGGUGGACGAGGCCAUCCGCUGCAAGCUGCGCAUCCUGCAGAACGACGGCGUGGUCAACAGCCCGUGCGCGCGGCCACGCAAGACCAGCCACACGCUCUUCCUGCUGGGCGGGCCCACCUUCAUGUGCGACAAGCUCUACCUAGUGGACCAGAAGGCCAAAGAGAUCAUCCCCAAGGCGGACAUCCCCAGCCCACGCAAGGAGUUCAGCGCGUGCGCCAUCGGCUGCAAGGUGUAUGUGACGGGCGGCCGCGGCUCGGAGAACGGCGUGUCCAAGGACGUGUGGGUGUACGACACUCUCCACGAGGAGUGGUUCAAGGCGCCGCCCAUGCUGAUCGCACGCUUCGGCCACGGCUCGGCCGAGCUGCGCCACUGCCUGUACGUGGUGGGUGGCCACACGGCGGCCACGGGCUGCCUCCCGGCCUCGCCGUCCGUCUCGCUCAAGCAAGUGGAGCAGUUUGACCCGGCCGCCAACCGCUGGAGCAUGGUGGCGCCGCUGCGCGAGGGGGUCAGCAACGCGGCCGUGGUCAGCGUCAAGCUCAAGCUCUUCGCCUUCGGAGGCACCAGUGUGGCCCACGACAAGCUGCCGAAGGUCCAGUGCUACGACCCGGCGGAGAACCGUUGGACGGUCCCGGCCUCGUGCCCGCAGCCGUGGCGCUACACGGCCGCCGCCGUCCUGGGCAACCAGAUCUUCGUGAUGGGCGGCGACACGGAGUUCUCGGCCUGCUCCGCGUACAAGUUCAGCAGUGACAACUACCAGUGGACGAAAGUGGGCGAUGUCACGGCCAAACGGAUGAGCUGCCAGGCCGUCGCCUCGGGCAACAAGCUCUACGUGGUGGGCGGCUACUUUGGCGCGCAGCGCUGCAAGACGCUGGAUUGCUACGACCCUACGCUGGACGCCUGGAACUCCAUCACCACCGUGCCCUACUCCCUCAUCCCCACCGCCUUCGUCAGCACCUGGAAGCACCUCCCGGCCUGAGAAACGGCAUGCUGGGAUUGAAAACAAACGCGCCUUUCCUGCCACCUCGACACCUUUCUUCCCAUGAGACUUACCCUCCUCAUCUUUUAUCUUCAUCAUUGACUGGAUCUGUUUGGACUGUGAAGAAGCACAUUUUGAACCUCCUCUGCUAACUCCCCAAAAGAGACGUCCCAACUGCUAAAGCUAACCCUUGUCCUGCCCUGAACAGUGCUUUGUGUGAUGUGAACGCUCCCUAAAGUCCCAUUAAGGCACGAAUGGAUUUCCUAUUUCCUGAAAGGACUUCUUGUACAGAGUGAUGUCACGUCCUGUUAUCACAGGAAGGGGGUUUGAUGAAAACAAACCAUUGGCUGCUUGUUCCCAAGAGACCAAUCAUCUUCCAGUUGUACUAUAUACAUAUCACGUCAUCACACAGCAUCUGUAUGGAAGUAAACAGACUCACCCCUUCAUUUGAGAGAAGCUGGGCUGAAACCUGGACAUUGUAUAUUGCAUGAAGGAUGAUUGUUUUGUUUGUGGAGACUCUGUCUUGAAGCCUCACAGGACAUGAAAGAGUAGGAGGCGAGAAAGACUACAUCAGCAUGUUGAGUGUCCAUGUACACAUAGUGGAGAAAGAACAGAAAUAUCUCUCUCUCUCUCUCUUUCUCACACACACACACACACACACACACACACACAGGCACUGAGCCCCUACCCUCUCUCUCUCUCUAAGCUGACUGAUAUCUUGCUGCACUUUCUUUUUAGGUGUGUGUGUGUGUGUGUGUGUGUGUGUGUGCGUGUGUGUGUGUGUGUGUUUGUCGGUUACAGUGUUACUCUCUUAAAUACAUUGCUGGCAUGGAGGAAAGAGAAACACACACACACACACACACACACACACACACUCACCAGAUGGUGUCAAUGUGCUGAAGCUGGCUAGACUCUGCUAAUUUAGUGAGAGAAAUCGGACACGCAGACACCUUAUGUUGCACUGAUUGCCCCAAGGUGUGCAUGUGUGUAUGUGUGUGUGUCAGGCUUGUGCAAAAUUCCAGAAUUAAAUUGAAACUGG